UAUACCAUCUGAAGUAUAUUUAGGAAACGGAGAGAAUGAACGCAUCUGUGAAAACUGUAUUCAUCUGCUUCAGCGUGACAGCGUUAUUGUGUCUUUUAAAUGGAUGUGAAUCUACUGGAACCCAUACGGAAUGUGAGGCUAGAAAGCAAUUCGAAACUUGUUUGAACAAAACUAAAAGUGAUAUUCUCAAACCAACUCCUCAUCCUCAAUUUGAUUUGUCCUCAAUGAAGUAUGCUGUAAAUAUGGAUAGCAGUGAUUUCAUGAACGAAUGCACACAAAACAAAAUUUGCACAGUGAAAACACUCUUGUGUUACCUUGGUGACCAAGUGCACGCUGAGUGGAAACAUUGUUACGAUGAAGAGGAAAUGCAACUAAUACAGACUUCGUAUGAAUAUUUGGAAAGCGUGAAACACACACCAAUGGAAUUUGAUGUCGAGAAAUUCAGUAAUUUGGCUUAAUUCCAGUAUCACCAAGUUAUCCAGCAUAUAUCUUCGAUUUCUCUCUGUAAAUUCCUCUCAUUCACUGAUAUUGCAUGCAGAAUACGUUCUGGGAUUCUUUUCACAAACUGAUUGUCUUACCUGUAAUCAUAUUAAUCAAAUAAUUGAUUGGAUGAAGUGGAGAAGAAUCAUUUUCUUUCAUUUUAUGCACAACUCUAUUCUGAUGAUGAUAUAAUCGAAUCACAAAUACUUAUUGCUCUAUAUAUUCUGACAUUUCUCCUGUUUAUUCUAACAUUCACUCAUUUUGUAACCAGUCAUCGCACUGAAGUAUGUUUUCCACUUUCGUUUCUCUACACUAAAAUAUACUCAUAAUUGUGA